AGCUCAUAGUGAAGCAGAUGUAGUUUGAUUAUGCCAUUUGCUGGAUUCAGUUUUUCUCAUUGAAUGUUUUUAUAUUUUUGAGAGAAGUGACUAUUUCAAAUGGAGGAUGGGGGACUGGAACUUCUUGGGGGGAAUUCUGGAGGAGGUCCACAUCCACUCCACCAUGGUGGGAAAGAUCUGGCUCACCAUCCUCUUCAUUUUCCGCAUGCUGGUUCUGGGCGUGGCGGCCGAGGACGUGUGGAACGACGAGCAGUCCGACUUCAUCUGUAACACGGAGCAGCCCGGCUGCCACAACGUGUGCUACGACCGGGCCUUCCCCAUCUCCCUGAUCCGCUACUGGGUCCUGCAGGUCAUCUUCGUGUCCUCGCCCUCGCUGGUCUACAUGGGUCACGCCAUAUACCGGCUGCGCGUGCUGGAGAAGGAGAGGCACUGCAAGAGAGUGGCCCUGCGCCGGGAGCUGGACACGAUGGACCUGGAGGUUCUGGAGCCCCGGCGCCGGGUCGAGCGGGAGCUCAGGCAGCUGGAGACCGGGAAGCUCAACAAGGCUCCGCUGCGGGGGUCGCUGCUCAGAACAUACGUCGCCCACAUCGUGACCCGGUCCGUGGUGGAGGUGGGCUUCAUGCUGGGCCAGUACCUGCUGUACGGGCACCAUCUGGAGCCGCUGUACAAGUGUGACCGGGAGCCGUGCCCCAACACCGUGGAUUGCUUCGUCUCCCGGCCCACGGAGAAGAGCGUGUUCAUGGUGUUCAUGCAGGGCAUCGCAGCCGUGUCCCUGUUCCUCAGCCUGAUGGAGAUCCUGCAUCUCGCAUACAAGAAACUGAAGGCGGGACUCCUGGACUACUAUCCUCAGCUGAAAGAGGACCUGGGAGAGUAUUACGGCAAGAAGAACUCCGUGGUGCAUCAGGCGUGCGUGAGCCAGGGCCGUAAAGCCACCAUCCCCACGCUCCCGGGCGGAUUUGCUCCGCUCAUGGAAAAGCAGGGCAACGGCCCCACUUACCCCGCGCUCAUCAACCCCCUGUGCACCUUCGUCCCGGUGCAGGGCGAGCCGGGUCUGGACCCGCAGAGGCAGAACCGGGACCUCGUUCUCGGUCCGCUGGAGCGCAACAGCAACUCCAACAACACGAGCGGGACCCGCUCUCCGCUGGCGCUCGAGUCCGAGAGCUCGGUUCUGCCCGGCCCGACGGCGCUGCGCAAGCAGAGGAGAGUGAGCCCGGCCUGGAACUGCAGCACCGUGAUGGAGGGCAACGGGUCGGACAGCGGAGACUCCAGCACCGGGCCUGAGGCCGACCCGAGCACGAGGACUCGCUGCGGACGGGCCGUGUCCAUGUCCGACCUGAGGAGAGCCGGCAGAACACACACACCCGACUCCGUGGCGGAGCGGAGCUCUGGGUCACGGCACCACAGUUCUGUGGAGAGUCCCAGCUUCUCUCCGGGGCGACAGAGAGCAUCCCCGGCCAGCAGCAGCAGACGAGCAGACCUGAAGAUCUGACAAUCCUCAUGGUACUCUCCUGUGUCUUUAACACUUUAGGCAGAUCUGGGGUCUUAUUUAUAAAGUGUGCGUACGCACCAGACGGGGCUGGACACGUACGUACGCCAGUUUCCGCGCAAAGGUUGUGAUCUAUAAAAAGCAAACUUGACGGGAGCAUGUGCGCACCUUUAAGCAAACUUUGAGCCGUCCGUCCGCGCAUUCUGGAGACAAAGGGAGUUGGCGACACCGAUGGUGAGCUGGAGUUAAAUGUCUUUUUGGUCACUUUUAGACUGAAAAUCUGAAGAAAAUUAUGGCCUAUAGGCUACAGAAAGAUAAUAGCCCACAGAUAUAGUAUCACUCACUAAGCCGAUCACUGGAAGCCAAUAUCCAUCCCUUCUUAAGUGUCCGCUCAGCGAGCGCGUCGGGCCGUUUAGUGAAACGCACAGAUAUAGCCUAUAAUCUAACGGCAGAUGAAGGAAAACCGUAAAUCAUCAUGAUUAAUAAAUACAGUGCGUGUUCUCAAUAACAGUUUAAAUCAAUGAAAGAAUGAUUUAAACUAUGCUUUACUUCUGAAAUAAAUAGAUUAAAUAUGCCAUUCUCAUACCGGAGAUAAACACUUAAA